CACAGCCAUAAUGUCGACCCACGGUGGAGCCGACGGAGGGAGGAGCCAUGGAGGAAGAAUGGCCGCUGACUCCAGAGGGCCGACCAACGGCGGCGGAGCAGGUGGUGGAGGAGCCCAAGGCGGAGACGGAGAGCCAACGAGCCAGGGGGAUGCCGAGGAUCAGGGGGGCCAGGGUGGAGCUGAGGGCUCUUGCGACCAAGGUGGAGGCAGAGAUCCAGAGAUCUGCGGCGGAGCCGGAGCGACUGAGGACCAAGGUGGAGCUGGCAGGAGGAAGGAAACCAAUAGAGCCGGUGGGACAAAGCAACGAGGUGCAGCUGGAGGAGCGAAGUCCUGAGGCGAUGGCGGGUCAACGCCCGACCAAGGCGGGGCCGGAGGGACGAGG